AUGGAUGCGGAUAAAGACAAGAGCUGCAAUACUAUUAGCACAAAACGAGGAAUUGUACUCGUUUACAUGAAUGUAUGUCUUGCUCUGGUAACACGAAAAAUAUCUGAAGAAGAUUUACCGCCAUUAUCUGAAACAGAUGUUGAACCAGCACCAUUACGUUUACCAAAUAAUGGACCACCACAUGCAGGUGAUGCGACUUGUAUUGUUAUUCCAUCUCGAUCAUUAACAUCGUCUCUACGUACACCAAAUGUAAAUAGAUCUCGAACUAACUCGAUUGAUGAUAAUGAAAGUGAAGAAGUAUUAAAUUCGUCAACUAAUGACUUAAUUACUCUUUGA